AUGGCCGAUAUCAGCAUUGAUGCCGAGUCGAUAGAAACACAAGACUUGCGCAGAAAUGAAAGGUUUCAUAUGUAUCCCAGUGAAAGGUUGGAGGCAUUCACAUUGACUGCUGGUAUCAUUGGAGGGUUUGCUGGGUUCUUCGAUGGGGUCAAGCGGGCUUCCUUAAGAUAUCUUACAGAAAACAGUCAUAGAAUGCCCAAGACAGUAGGAGGCUGGUACUUCUAUCACAAGAAGAAGAAUUACGUAAUGAUCAUAGACGGCUGUGCUACUGGGUUCAAGCAGGGUUGUAAGUAUUCUGCUGCGGUAGGAGGGUUCUUCGGUAUGGAAUGGGUGAUAGACACUUAUGUAAGAUCGCAAAUAGACUUCUUCAACACCGUGGCAGCUGCUACUGUCUAUUCGGCUCUCUAUGGGAUGUACCAGAGCUUAAGUGCGGUUCAGACUAGAAAGUAUAUCCUAAAGGGAUCUGCGUUGGGCUUGGGUUUGGGUUUGGCUCAAGAUUCGCUUCGUUAUGUUAGAGGAGCAGACGUCUGGUAUUUGAAGAAAUUUGGAAUCAGAAAUCCAAAUGGACCCCAAGCCUUGGCAUAA